CCUAAAUAUCAGUGUGGUGAAGGCAGCUACUCGCUGGCCCUGUCCAGACCAUGGUCCCUGGAAGCAGAGCCACAUAACUGCAGGCGAGUCGCUGAUCAGGGGGUCUGCUUAGGGACUGUGUGCCCCCUUCCAAAACCCAGCAAGAGGAUGGGAUGCUGCACGGGAAGAUGCACCUUAAUUCUCCUCUGCACCGUCCAGCUGAUAGCGGCAUUAGAGCGUCAGGUAUUUGACUUCCUGGGAUAUCAAUGGGCCCCGAUCCUGGCAAACUUCCUGCAGAUUGUAGUCAUCAUAUUAGGUCUCUUCGGGACUCUACAAUACAGACCUCGCUAUGUGGUUGCUUAUGCCAUCUGGGCAGCCGUUUGGGUGACCUGGAAUGUUUUCCUUAUCUGCUUUUAUAUGGAAGUGGGAGAUCUGUCCAAGGACAGCGACCUCCUCACGUUUCACGUGUCUCAGCAUCAGUCUUGGUGGAGUGAGCAUGGUCCAGGAUGUGUGAGGAAAGAGUCGCCAGUUACCGGCAUGCCCGGGUUGGAAAGUCACUCUUAUGUAUCAGUGGUUGGAUGUGCCAUAGAAUACCAGUACAUUGAGUUGUUACACAGUGCCACACAGAUACUGCUGUCGCUCCUUGGAUUUGUGUACGCCUGUUACGUCACCAGCGUGUUCACAGAAGAGGAGGACAGCUUUGAUUUCAUUGCUGGAUUUGAUCCAUUCCCUCUCUACCAUGUCAAUGAAAAAUCCAGUCACCUGCUGUACAAACAGAGUUACCUGCCGUCGUAAAUGAGAUGCUGCAGCACCACGUGCAGGGAGGUUGACCGUCUGCAGGACACCAGUGGCACAGGGACCUUCAGCAUAACGCAGGCUCCUUAUUUACUGGAAUCAGGUAUAGACUGAUCGGAUAACACCUGACUACUGGAGCUGGCUCAUGGCGCCAACAGAAACUUCGGGACACAACCAUCGUGGAAUACAGGGAGAAUGCACAUCGGUACAGCCGAGCUCUGACUCAUGCCAUACUAAAAGUGGGAGGUCAAGACUUGUCCACCUGUGAUCUCAUCUGCCUCAUCCCAACAUCUUCUCCAUUAGAAAUGCAAUUACGAAAGGUUCGUCCCAGGAAUAGUACAGUAUGUGGACAAUGGUGGAACAGACUAAGACCCAGUAGUCCUCAGUGCCCAGGCAUGCCGGGGUAGCCAAGACACUUCUCCACAGCCAUGGUUAGAUUUCUACUUUUUUCCCCCCCUCUCAAUAGGCAAUUACAUUUUUUUCUCUCCCUGAAAGCUAAGGCUGAUAAAAAAUUUAAUUAAAUUGAUAUCCAGUUGUGAACUUAAUUCUAUUAACGUCAC